AACGCUGGGUCAAGAGGGUAGUCGGAUUGUGGUGACUACACGUUCGGAGAUGACUGCAAUGAUUAUUGGAGAAAAACAUACGCACAAGCUGCAAGGUUUAUCCGAAGAGAAUUCGUGGCUCUUGUUCGAGUCUGUAGCAUUUGAUAAAGGGGAACACGAGCACGCAAGUCAUCUUGAAUUAGUUGAAAUUGGGAAGAAGAUUGUUGAAAAAUGCUACAACAUCCCACUUGCUAUAAAGGCGGUAGGAAGCCUUCUAUUUGGGCAGCCUGUGAAUAAGUGGCAGACAUUUGAGCACAGUGGAUUUGCUGGAAUUGGAAAAGGUGAUAAUGAAAUUAUGUCUAUACUAAAGCUUAGUUAUCACAACCUUAGACCCUCUUUGAAGAAUUGUUUUAGCUACUGUGCACUGUUUCCCAAAGAUAUUAGACUCGAAAGGAAGGAGUUGAUUAGCCUUUGGAUGGCACAAGGAUACAUUGUGUCGCUAGAUAGAGAUCAAUGCAUAGAAGAUGCGGCAGAAGAGCAUUUCCUGAUUUUGGUACGUAGAUGUUUCUUUCAGGAUGUAGAGAAGGAUAGAUGUGGUGAUAUUGGAUCUGUGAAAAUCCAUGACUUGAUGCAUGAUGUUGCUCUAGAAGUGGGGAGGGAGGAAAUAGGCAUGGUGAGUUCUAAUACAACCAAAUUGGGAGAUAAAGUUCGUCAUGUGUAUUUUGCACGUGAUACCUUUUCACAAAAUUACUCAUUUAAGAGUAAGAUACGUUCGUUGAUUUCAAGGGGUGAUCGCUGGUCCGAUUUCUUCGGUGUUCCGGUGGAUGCACGAAUUGAUAGCUGGAUUGGUCUAAGGGUGUUGUGCUUGCAGUCAAUAGGAAUAACAAGGUUUGAUCCAAUUGGUAAGCUACCGCAUUUAAGGUAUCUUGACUUGUCUCAGAAUAGUCAGUUAGAGGCACUCUCUGAUUCUAUUACUAGACUACAUAAUCUGCAGACUUUAAAUUUAAGAAAUUGCACACAUUUGUGGGAGUUGCCAAAGGAUUUUUGCAAAUUGGUAAAACUUAGGUACCUUGAUUUAAGUAAUUGUCGUUAUUUGAGUGGUAUACCUUCGGGCAUGGACAAGUUGACUAAUCUUAAGGUGCUACCAUUUUUUGUGGUGGGUAAGGAAAAGAGAGUUUCAACAGAGGAGCAAUGUAUGGGAGAGCUCAAAGACCUUAAACCCCUGACCAACUUGAAGGGUGGCAUAGUGAUCAAAAUUGGCAAAUUUGACAAGAAUGAUGGAGGAGAAGAGUAUUUGAAGGGUUUGAAAUAUCUCACUCGGGUUGAUAUAAGAUUUGAUUACCAUGCUUAUGAUGGAUGUUUAGAGUGGGAAGAUGUGAUGGAAAAGCUAGAGCCACCUUCAAAUCUCGAGAUAUUCACCUUGCGGGGAUACAUGGGUACGACAAUUCCAAGGUGGGGUAGAGCACUGGAUAACUGGGCACUCUCCCUCCCACUUCUUGUCAAGAUCGAGCUUUUUGACUGUAGCGAUUUGGAGCAGAUACCAUCGUUGAGUAAACUGCGUAAUCUGAAAUCACUGAGACUUAGAAAUCUACACAAGCUGGAAUAUAUGGAGAAUACAAGCACCAACAAUGCCAAUGAAGGAGAAGAUUUUACGGCAUUCUUCCCCUCCCUUAAGUCUCUUAAAAUUUGUGAUCUUACAAGAUUGAAAGGAUGGUGGAGGGAGGAGGAGUUGGUAGAGGAUGAGGAUGAGCGUAUCUUGAGGAGUAGCUUCACAUUUCCUCGUCUUUCCAGAUUGGAAAUCUGUUGA